AUGCAGGAUCACUACAUUGGUAUUGACGUUGGUACCGGGUCUGCUCGUGCUUGUCUGAUAGACUCAUCUGGAGACAUUAAAGCUCUAGCCUCCGAGGCCAUUAAGCUAUGGCAGCCCCAACAAGGUUACUAUGAACAAUCAACUACCGAUAUCUGGCACUGUAUUUGCCAUUGUGUGCAACGCGUUGUCCACCAAUCCGGAGUCGACGUUGGUCAUAUCAAGGGCUUAGGUUUUGAUGCUACUUGCUCGCUCGCAGUUUUCUCUGAAAAGGAUGACCAACCUGUCACUGUUACCGGUCCGGACUUCGAGAACGACAGCAACGAUCGCAAUGUUAUCUUAUGGUUAGACCACCGUCCCGUCCAAGAGACGGACCAGAUCAAUGCUACAGGCCACAACCUGUUGCGAUAUGUAGGCGGCAAGAUGAGCAUUGAGAUGGAGAUUCCUAAAGUAUUAUGGCUGAAGAACAACAUGCCCAAGGAGCUAUUCGACCGCUGCAAGUUCUACGACUUGACAGAUGCGUUGACUCACUUGGCUACUGGCAACGAGAACCGAAGCUUCUGCAGCACGGUCUGCAAGCAAGGCUACGUCCCUAUCGGCGUAGAUGAAAGUGAGAAGGGUUGGCAAGAAGAUUUCUUCACUGAGAUCGGACUAAGCGACUUAGCCAAAGACAAUUUCAGGCGCAUGGGAGGCGUUCAUGGAAUUAACGGCAAAUACUUUAGCGCAGGAGAACUAGUUGGUCAUUUGUCUGACCAUGCUAGUAAGCAGCUCGGGCUGCAGGCUGGUAUCGCAGUCGGCAGUGGUGUAAUUGAUGCCUAUGCCGGCUGGGUCGGUACUGUUGGAGCAAAGGUCGACACUGAGUAUGGUCAUGCCGACGAGAGCGCCCCAGCAAACGAUCUCGCCCAAGCCUCUACCCGACUUGCUGCUGUAGCUGGCACAUCCACCUGCCAUCUUGCCAUGUCUGAGAAACCUGUGUUCGUCAAUGGAGUAUGGGGGCCUUACCGUGACGUACUCCUGCCUAAUUAUUGGUUAGCAGAGGGUGGCCAAUCGGCAACAGGUGAGCUUUUAAGGCACAUCCUCGAGACACAUCCGGCACAUAAGGAAAUUGUACCUCUCGCGGAAGCUAUGCACAUGAACGUAUAUGAUUACAUGAAUGGUCAUCUAAGGGAGUUAGCUGAGAAGACUAACGCUCCUACCGUUUCCUACCUUGGACGACAUUUCUUCUUCUACGGCGACCUGUGGGGUAACCGAUCGCCUAUUGCGGAUCCCAACAUGAAAGGAUCUGUAAUUGGUCUCAGUUCUGACUCCAGCGUUGAUGGUCUCGCCCUGUAUUAUUAUGCUACUAUGGAGUUCAUUGCCUUGCAAACCCGACAGAUCAUCGAGGCUAUGAACAAGGCAGGCCACAACAUUCAAACUAUUUUCAUGUCCGGCAGCCAAUGUCAGAACGAUAUGCUUAUGGAUCUCAUCGCUACUGUCUGCGAUAUGCCGGUGUUGAUUCCCCGAUACGUCCACGCUGCUGUGGUGCACGGGGCGGCCAUGCUCGGUGCAAAGGCAGCAAGCGCAGAUGCCGAUGGCAAGACUGAGAAUCUCUGGAGUAUUAUGGACCGAAUGAGCAAACCGGGUCGACUUGUUAAGCCCGGGAGUGACGCAAACGAGAAGAAACUCUUCGACGCCAAGUACGAAGUAUUCCUGGAGCAGUGCCGGACCCAGCGGGAAUACCGUUCUAAAAUUGACCAGGCUACUAGUACCUGGGGUCUUGAAUAUGGAAAUUAG